AGUUAAAUAUUUUACAAAUUGCAGCAGGAACAUCUGUGCUUUGUUCUAUAAAAUUAUCAUCAAUUCAUAUUUAUUGACACCGCUAGUAAAAGAAUGCAUUCAGAAUCAAUCAACUUGUGCUGAUUCAUCAAUAAUACACCUCUGUACACAGUAUGACCUUAGUUUAACUGGGUUUGUCUGACAGCAAAGAUAACCAGAAUUAUUUUAUUUAUGUGAAUUAACAAUUGGAAGAGCCAUACGUCAUACAACAGAAUUGAUUGGUAUAGAUUUUGGUAUUAAAGCUUUAAAGGCUAUGCUGUAUCAAGUCUAAAGACAUACUCCAAAUCCAGACAGAAUUAGAUUUUUUCUUGAUAUUGCCAUCAGUAAUAUUGGAAUACACACACACACGGAAAGAGAGAGAGAGAGAAAUCAUAUCUCAGAAUCAACCUUAUGCCGACAUAACUCUAGUGAUGAAAGCAUACAGAAAGCAAUUGAUUAAAAUUGAAUAAACAGCUUAGCAGACCACAUGCAAUAAACCAGUUACUGACACAUCUGCAUAUUGAUCCAAUGGUAUUGAAGCUCUGAAAAAAAAAAGGCAGAAUAUAUCAAAACAGAACAAGUGUCUGUGAUGAUGUCAAAAUGUAAACAGAUUUUGUAAUUUGAACUGAAGUUAUGGAAGUGCAAUGCCUUGUAUCCAAAGUGUUUGCUACCCAUAUAAUCUCUAUUAACAUGGGACUAGUAUGGCAGAUCUGUCUGUAUCUGUAAAUUGUCUCCAGCAUAAAACAAAAGAAGAAUCUGGUGUAAAAGUAAAACAAGAACGUAAAGAUGACAAUGAAUACAAUUUGCAGAAGAAAUGCAGCAGCGGCAGUAACAGCACAACCACUCGUCCAGUUCCUCGAACCCCUGUCCAUUCCCAGUCUCAGGCCAGAAAUACCUCAGUGGCGAAACUCCUCCAUUCCAGUCCUCCCCAAGAAACGCAUCCUCCGCCCAUCGACGCCGCCAGUAUUCGAGGAGCAUUCGGAUGGACUACUAUCAACAGCGUCAAUUUACCAUUCAUUCUUCGGGGAGAAGAGAGGUUUCUGGCCGUACGAAUGGUGGAGAGUAAAAUCAUCAACAGGUAUGCGGACAGCUUGCCGUGGAUGGUCUUCACUUGCACGAACAUCAGGAGUUAUUACAUCACCGAAAAUGAGGCUAAAUUAUUAAAUGAGAUAAAUGGUCAUCAUUGUGAAUUUCAGUUUGGAUAUCGAUCUUUUACCACCAGAGAUGUAGUGGUCCGACUGCAGGACACGUGCAUGUUUUACGAGUUCUUAGAGACGUGCCGGAAUAAGUUAUUUCCAUCAAACAAUAAUCAAUCAUAUAAAGACAAGUGUGGAUUUGUCAUAUUGAAUAAAUCCCUAAUUCCAUAUCUCCGCAAAGGCACAAAGAGAUAUGUGCCCCUGAUAUCUGUCCAACAAGAAAUUCCAGUUUCACUAACAGAAAGUAUGACGAUAAGUGAGUGGGAUUUAUCCUAUUUACGAUUUCUGUGUAAUGUCACAGGUAUGGAUUUAAGGAAGUUCAAGCAAGGAGGAUCACUUUCUUGCUUGGAAGAUUUGUGCAAAGACGUUCUCAGAGAAACAGAGCUUCAGGAAUGGUGGCCUGAUUCAGGACAGUUGUUAUAUAUCAAAAAUGGAAAGGCACCAUUUACACAGUGGGAAAGAUUUCUCCGAUCUUCAGAUAUAGCGCAACCGUUUGUUCAUCAACAGUCUUUGUACAGAAAUGAAAUGGAACUGCAAAAACUCAGGGAAAAGGGCAAUUUACAGCACCACUUCUACACUAAUACUGAUAAUAUGUGUGAGAGAAAUAGUAAUGAUGUACUUUCACAGCAGGCAAUACAGAGAAAUUUUGAUUCUGUACUUUCGUCACAAAGGAUGCAUAUAUCCUCAUUACCAUCUGGAAAUUUAGGAUGGGGUCAAACGAAAGAAGACGAACCCAUCAUGUUUGCACCUCUCGUUAAUGGACAGUUUGCUGCACUUCCUGCAAGUGGUUACUUCCCACCUUCAACUCAUAAUUCGUCACAAGUAGAUUCCAGGCAAUCUGGAAUAAAUACUUCGAUGGUUCCCAUUUCAUUAUCACAUUCCGGAUUAUUGAGAGAUUCAGAUACGCACCAUGCGUCAGGUGGUAUUGGUAAUGAGGGAGAGAGACUCAUAUCGCCCAUAAGGGAUAAAUCUUUUCCACCUCCACCUCCUUUAGUGAGAUUAGGAGACAAAUCAAUUGAAGAUCAGGUAGGGAACAAUGAACAUGGCAAUGGUAUUGAACAGUGUGCUUUAUCCUCGCAACAUCAUAUUGGUCCUCCUCCACCUCUCCAUCCAAAUAGACUGGCUAGUAUUAACCAACAAAACUCCUCUGUACAUACAAAUCAUUCUGGUAACAAUGAACAAGCAGUACCUUUAAUUGUUGGUGUACACAGUCUAACAGAAAAUGUAUCGGAUGCAAAAAGAAAUGGAGGUGCUGGAAGUCUUCCAGAAUCUGUCAUGGGUAUGGAUGAUAACAGAGAUUCUAUGUCUCAACUUUCCACAACAGACUUAGAUGCUGCAGCAGCCAAUGUGUUGGCCAGGGCCAUGAAACCAAAAGAACCGGUAAAAGAAUCUACUCAGAAAGAUUUCCACUUGCGAGCACUCCUAGCAAAAGACGACAGGCUAUCUGACAGGUACGUCAGCAGCCCGAGAAUGCAUUUCACCGUGGGUCCACCGCCACACUAUCCCACUCCGCCUCAGUCUUCCCCUUUACAACCUUUGACUGUUCAGGUACCGAUGGCUUCGACAAGUACUUUAUUUUCUGCAUCGAGCAGUUUGAAUGAAGUAUUAACGCCGAGAACUCAAGACAUCAUCGACUUGUGUAGUCCACCGCCGUCUCCUGACUCUAGAGUUUUGGGCAGUCCUAAUAAAGUGCAGCAAUCUCCUCAUCCUGUUCAUCAGUUAAGUAGUUUCAACUCAUUCCCGCAGGGAAUGGAAAUUGCAGAAAGGCUGCCCCACCAUAUUCAAAUGGUGGAGGUGGAAGGAAGACAGAUUCCGGCUGUAAAUAUCGAACCACAUGUAUACAAUUCUCAAUUGGUUACAUCCGUCACUAAUGUCGUCGCAAAACUGUUUCCUCCCGUAUCUGUUCAAUCGUUUGUUUUUGUCCUACAGAGUGUUCUGGGAGUCAGAUUAUAUGAAUGCAGCAGGGUACAGCAGCACAUUUUCAUGCAACAUGGCCACAUAUGUAUGGAUAAUGAAAGACUGGUUUCUGUGGUAGACCUGAAGGCGUACAUGCCCCAACUAAAGUACAUGUUCAAACGUUAUGAAAAGGGAAAGGAUGAUCCGUGCAACAAGCAGGGAGAAUCUGAAGAACCGGCAGCCAAGAGAUGGUGCAACAACGGAAGAGAGAGCUAGCGUGGUUUAGUUUUUAAAUCAGGAGGAACACGACUGCGACGGGACGAUUUUUAGUUGAAAGCAGAAUCUCAUUAGCUUUCUGCAUUGUUUGUUUCCUCAUCUCGAUGCCAAAGCCUUUACAAAAAAAUAAAAAAAAAAAAAAAGGUUCUUUGAAGUGUUUGGUCUAUUUAAACCAAUGUGAAAAAAGAUAAUGGAACAGUCUAUUUUUCUUGUAUUUUAUCCCCAUUCUGUUAACCACCGCAUUUGAUGUGUAAAUAGGAACCACUUAUAGUAGUGCAAAACUGCUAUUACCUCUGUGAAGUGAUUAAAUGAAAUUAAACAAGGUGGUUAUAUAUAUAUAUAUA